CUGUCUCAAAAAAAAAAAAAAAAAAAGAAGGGACAAUAACUCUGUCACAGGACUCAGCAGGACCCGUAUGCAGGGCCGAGUCGCUGUAGGAACCCAGCCCCUGUGAUUCCUUACCUGGAUGCAUCUCCUAUGUGGCCUGCAACGUGUGUUCUCAGGGGCUGGGCUGGGUGGGGUGUGCAAACCUGGAUUUGCCCCAUCCUGGGUUUGGGGGUUGGUUGGGGGAGAGCUGAGGUCAUUUUUGCACAGGGUGAGGUGAGGCUGUGGGGUUGGGGCAGGUCCCCCUCCUGGAGAGCUUUGUCUUCCACAAACACAAAACCUGGAAAUGGUUGAGGAAGAUGGAACCUCCUAACGACCAUUGUUCGGGGGCAGGAGUGGGUGCCCGGAAGCAUAGGUGGUGGUAGGGGACUCACAGCUGCAGCCGGCCUGCUGGGCUUCUGUUCGAGAAUGGGAGCAGCUGCUCAGGGGUGGGAGGCAGAGAAGGUGGCAUUCGUUCACUCGGCCAGACCUUUCUGCACGCCCGCUCCAUGCUGGGCACGGGGCUGUGCAGAGGAUCCCCAGGGGACUAGGUACCAGCCCUGCCUCCAGUGUGUGGCCCAGCACAGGUGGAAGGUGGUCCGUCAGCCUAGUCCCUUGGUGAUGUUUGUGUGCCUGGCUGAGCUCGGCUUCAGCCAGCCUGUUGACCCUGGCUGUGGCCCAGGCCCUGAACUGGGUGCUCUGUCAUGUUAUCCCACCCCAUCCUCCCAGCAUCCCAGUGAUAAGUGUUAUUGUCGCCAGGGUGUGUGUGCGGAAGUCCAGGCUCACUGAGGUUAGUGGCUUGGCCGGGGUCACACACCGAUUGGUUCCGCCAGGGUUAGGAUUUGGGACCCACCCUGCCGGGUGGUGGGCUUUGGAAUAAGAGCAUAUACAGGGGCUGGCGUGAGUCCAGCUGCCCCUUCCCUCCUCCACCCACCACUGCCCAGACGGGAACACCUGUCCCGGAAACUGUGGCCAUUGUUCACGUCAUCCUUCCUGCUUUUGGGCCCUUCCUGUUUGUAUCCCUCCCACUGUAGCCCCCAACGCCCCCCCAUGCCAGAUGUUUCCCUUGGGGAGGUUUGCCCUUUGCAGGAAGAGGGGUUGCAGGGGUUACCCCUCUCCCAUGGGAAGGAGGGUCUCACUGGCCUUGGGUCUCUGUGCCUUCUCCCCACCCCACAGAUUUGGUGGGGAACAUGGCAGGAGGGUAAGCAAGGUCAGAUUCAGCCAGGCUGAGUUUUCUUUUUUUUUUUUUUUUUUUUUUGAGAUGGAGUCUCCCUCUGUCGCCCAGGCUGGAGUGCAGUGGCGCAAUCUCUGCUCACUGCAAGCUCUGCCUCCCGGGUUCAUGCCAUUCUCCAGCCUUAGCCUCCCGAGUAGCUGGGACUAUAGGCGCCCGCCACCACGCCCGGCUAGUUUUUUGUAUUUUUAGUAGAGAUGGGGUUUCACAGUGUUAGCCAGGAUGGUCUGCGUUUCCUGACCUUGUGAUCCGCCUGCCUUAGCCUCCCAAAGUGCUGGGAUUACAGGCGUGAGCCACCGCGCCCGGCCAAGUUUGUCUUCCUUAGCCCUGUGCAUGCCCAGUGCUGGGAGGACGGCUCAUGUCCUGCUGCUUCCAGGCCUAUCCCCUCCCGGUACUUCUGAAUCCCACACAGGCCCCGAGGUGGAGCUGGCCCUUUGGUGCUCGGCUGGGGCACCAUUGCUCUUCCUUAGACUCAGUCCAGCAAGUGACAGAUGGGCAGGUGGCUUUGGGGCUUGUACUUCUUUCUCUUGCCAGUCUAGGGAUCCUGUCCCGGGGUUCUCUCCUGGACCCACAUCUGCCUUACCUGGGCCUGGGCCAGGUUGUGGGGAGCUACAGGGAGCAAGUGCCUUAUUUUCAGGCCCCAGGGAAGUUGGGCAGCCAGUGCUCACCUGCCCCUAAUGGAGCCUCCCAAUUCCCAGAAGCAGCUGCCUGUACCCUGUUGAAACUUCAUGGCCACAGCCCCAGGCCCUGCUGGCAUUGCCAUGGGCAGCGUGGGCAGCCUGUUGGAACGGCAGGACUUCUCCCCUGAAGAGCUGCGGGCGGCACUUGCUGGGUCUCGGGGCUCCCGCCAGCCUGAUGGGCUCCUCCGGAAGGGCUUGGGCCAGCGUGAGUUCCUCAGCUACCUGCAUCUCCCCAAGAAGGACAGCAAGAGCACCAAGAACACCAAGCGGGCCCCUCGGAACGAGCCUGCCGACUAUGCCACCCUCUACUACCGGGAACAUCCUCGCGCGGGUGACUUCAGCAAGACCUCGCUGCCAGAGCGGGGUCGCUUUGACAAGUGCCGCAUUCGCCCCUCAGUGUUCAAGCCUACAGCGGGCAACGGGAAAGGCUUCCUGUCCAUGCAAAGCCUGGCGUCCCACAAAGGCCAGAAGCUGUGGCGCAGCAAUGGCAGCCUGCACACGCUGGCCUGCCACCCGCCACUGAGCCCCGGGCCCCGGGCCAGCCAGGCCCGGGCACAGCUGCUGCAUGCCCUCAGCCUAGAUGAGGGCGGCCCUGAGCCCGAGCCCAGCCUGUCCGACUCCUCCAGUGGGGGUAGUUUCGGUCGCAGUCCUGGUACUGGCCCUAGCCCCUUCAGCUCCUCCCUUGGCCACCUUAACCACCUCGGGGGCUCCCUGGACCGGGCCUCUCGAGGACCCAAGGAGGCUGGGCCACCAGCUGUGCUGAGCUGCCUGCCCGAGCCACCACCCCCCUAUGAGUUCUCCUGCUCCUCUGCCGAGGAAAUGGGAGCCGUGCUGCCCGAGACCUGUGAGGAGCUCAAGAGGGGCCUUGGCGAUGAGGACAGUUCCAACCCCUUCACGCAGGUGCUGGAGGAGCGCCAGCGGCUGUGGCUGGCUGAGCUGAAGCGCCUGUAUGUGGAGCGGCUGCACGAGGUGACCCAGAAGGCUGAGCGCAGCGAGCGCAACCUCCAGCUGCAGCUGUUUAUGGCUCAGCAGGAGCAGCGGCGCCUGCGCAAGGAGCUGCGGGCUCAGCAGGGCCUGGCUCCGGAGCCUCGGGCCCCCGGCACCCUCCCAGAGGCUGACCCCAGUGCACGACCAGAGGAGGAAGCCCGAUGGGAGGUGUGCCAGAAGACAGCAGAGAUUAGCCUCUUGAAGCAGCAGCUGCGUGAAGCCCAGGCGGAACUGGCCCAGAAGCUGGCGGAGAUCUUCAGUCUGAAGACACAACUUCGGGGCAGCCGGGCACAAGCCCAGGCUCAGGACGCAGAGCUGCUCCGGCUGCGCGAGGCUGUGCGCAGCCUGCAGGAGCAGGCCCCUCGGGAGGAAGCCCCAGGCAGCUGUGAGACUGAUGACUGCAAGAGCAGGGGCCUGCUGGGGGAGGCAGGAGGCAGCGAGGCCAGAGACAGUGCUGAGCAGCUGCGGGCUGAGCUGCUGCAGGAGCGACUUCGGGGCCAGGAGCAGGCGCUGCGCUUUGAGCAGGAGCGGCGGACUUGGCAGGAGGAGAAGGAGCGCGUGCUGCGCUACCAGCGGGAGAUCCAGGGAGGGUACAUGGACAUGUACCGCCGCAACCAGGCACUGGAGCAGGAACUGCGGGCACUGCGCGAGCCCCCCACACCGUGGAGUCCCCGGCUCGAGUCCUCCAAGAUCUGAGGCCAGCAGAGUGAGCUGACAGCAGCAGCACUGUCAGAAGGUGUCCUGAGACGGCCGGCUCAGCCUUCCCUUGCACUGGUUGGGGUGGAACCUGCAGAGGCCAGCCUGGGGCUGGGGAGGCGCAAGGAGAGGAGGGAUCCAGUGGGGCCGUGGGCUGGGUAGGGUGCCUUGGCAGGAGCCAGGACAAGGCCCUCCUGGCAGAGGAGCACCUAGGCAGGGCCCAGCCCUGCUUCCUGGAGUGGAUGUGGCCCAGAGAAGGAGGCUGGGGGAUCACAAGCCCCAAGGUCCCGAAGGGCAGGUCAGAGGGAGGGAGGCUGGAGACCUGGGCUGGGGCCUUCCUCCAGGGAAGGAGGCUGGGGUGGGAACAUUGGCCUCCCCCAGAAUAAAACCAUGUUUUCUACCAGAGGCUCAGAAUACGCUGAGCCUGUGACCAGAGGAUGAUGGAUGGUCGGGAUUGAGGCUGUUGACCUGGGCAGUAGCUCCUCCCAUGGUCAGUGGGAAGGUGUGCCCUGCGCCUGUCUGCAUGGCCACUGGGCAUGUGUGUUGGGAGCAGAGGAGUCCUACUCCUUGCCUCAGCCCCACAUAGUUCCUUAGCUGCCGUGUGGGCUGAAAUUCCUUUCUUUAGCACCAGUGGAGUUUUCAGAAGGAACAACACCAGGGAAUGCCAAGAAAACAAAGGGCAAGUCAACCAAGGCAUUUUGGGAACAUGAAAUGUCUUCUUGGUGGGAAGGCUGGGCCCCAGGAGUAUCCACAGGCUCGGGCCAUGCCCCUCCCCGCACCUACCUCCUGUCUCCCUCCCUCCCUCCAUAGGAGUGGGGGGCCCCUAGAAGUGCUCUGCCUCAUUCCGUGUUCGUAGGAAGGUGCAGGAGAGGAGGUGGGCAAGCUUAUGGGUUUCUUGGUAAAGAGCCUUUACCACAGCAAGGAAUGGGAACAUUUCCCCAUCAGCAACGGGGCUCUGGGGCAUUAUUAAGUAGGGGUGAAAUAUGAUUGAUUUGCAUUCUGGAAAGCUCUCCCAGGAGGAAGCAUUCCCCACCCCGCCUUGCCUCUGUCCUGCGCUGGGCUCCAGGACGGUCAGUCCUCCCAGAUCCCUGCUCUCAGCUAAGGCUGGUCCCUAAAACCCACACCUGCCUUUGGUCUCUCAGAGGCCUGGCUUGCCCUCUGGGCCUUUGCUCCCCCGCUGGGUGCCCGGCCUGGAACACAGGUUCUGUCUGGCUGUGUGAGUGGCGUCUCUCCCUUCCUUUGAGGGAAGCUCAGCUUCCUUACGCGCUCAUUGUUGGACGGGCUGCCGUGCAUUGCGUGCUUACUGGGCGCCAGGUGCUGUGCUGGGCCCUUGUGAGUGUGGGCGCACAGGCUGAAUUAGAUGAGCUCCUGCCCCAGGGGGCCCUGCACACUGAUGUCAGCUCACCAGUCCCUUCCCUGACAGGGCAGCUCAGGGAACUUAUGAGAAGUUGUCUGCAGAGAGCCCCAGCUCACUCCCUUUGGCUACCCUGGCCGUGCCUGGCAGCCCCUCAGGCCCCACAGGUGGGUCCUGGUUGUGAAGUGGAGUUAGUGCACAUGGAUGUCAGGGGACGGGUGUGAGGCAUGAGCUGGGGGGCCCCCUUUUUCAGGGCAGAGAGUGAGGCGUGUGCACUGUCUGCUGUGAGGAUGGUGUGUUUAUGGCCAUGUAAGUGGCAGGUGUGUGUAAAGAUGUGCUUGUGGGUGGUGGGUGUGUCCAAGGGGGUGUGUUUGGGAGCCUGGCCUCCAAAAGCCAGUGUCUGGGUUGGAGACAGUGCAGGCCCCUUCUUGGCCCCACCCUCUACCCCAUUCCUUCCUGUCAGCCCCAGUCUGUCUUGGCACUGGCCAGGCUUGGGUGGAGCCUGUGUCCCAGACAGAUCCCCUAGGCCUAUCUGAGACCCAUGCAGGCCCACACCUGAGCUCCUGUCUGCCUGAGGAGGGGAAGGGGGAGUGGCCAGGUCAGGCAGGCCAGUCCUCUAUACACCCCCUUGGUACCCAUUCCCAUUUCACAAACUCCUCCAAACCCCAAACGGAAAUCUCUGGGACAAUGGCUCCUCCAGAGGGCCCCUCAGAGCCAGGUGCUGGCCAGAUGCCUUGAUCACAGCUUCCAUGGCCAGGGGCCUGUCAAGCCAGGGGCCCACACACCUGGUGCCAGGGUCCACCUCGGUAUACCAGCUCUGCAGAACAGUUCCCCACCCAGCAAUUAGGGAGCUGGGCUGGCCAGUACAGCCAGUGGGGAGUGGGUGGGAGGUACCAAAACUUGGCAGCUGUGCCAGAAACCAAAGCCAGGCCCAGAUGUAGGGGGAGGGCACGAGAGCUGAACCUGAGCCUGGGGCGUCUCGGAGCUGGAUCCCCGUCAGCUCAUCCAGGCUGGACAAACCAGUUGCUGGGUCCCCCAGCCGGCUGGGUGGCUCUGGGGCCAACCGACCACAGGUGUCACCGUAGUGGCUACCACCUCAGGGCAGCCCCUCCCUCCAGCUGGCGGGGCCUCAGCUUCCCAGCUGCCCUGGCUUAGCCUUCCCUGCAGCCCCUCCCCAACAGGCUUGGUCCGGGCAGCCUGCUCUGCAGAAGAUGGCUGCUUCCUGGUGCUGGGCUCCCUGCCUCUGGGGCCUCCAGUCCUUCAGUCAGUGUCAUCCCUUCCAGCAGCUCCCUGGGCCUCUUGGUCCAUCCUUUCAGGCUUCUGACACACUAGUGGCCUUUAGUCACUGAUAGUGGUGCCUCCUUCUUACCUUGGCAAGCCCUUGUAGCCCUCUGAGCCCUCAUCCUGCAGGCAGAGCCCCUCAGUGCUCUGAGAAACCUGCCCUGAACUCACCGCCUCCCCUGCCUGGGCACUCCCUCCUCCCUGCGCCCACAGCCCCCAUACCAAUCUCCGUCAGCUCUUUCUGUGCUGCUGUAAUUGUUGGUUUGCCUGUCUCCUUUGAGCUGUGGGCAUUGCCAGGGUAGGGUGGUGUCUUCACCGCAGCUCCAGAAGGCACUGGUGGGAUGUGGAGUCAGGAGCAACCAGAGCCCCCCCCAUACUAGAAUGGGUUUGAGCUUGGGGUGGGGUGGAUGGGGAAGACUUACUCUGAAUGUUCGUUCACCAUCCAUGGGCACCAGGUCUGUGCCAAGCACAGGGACUCCAGGGGCAGCUGCCAUUCGUUCCAGUGAUGUAUUUGGGGCCUUCUCAGGUGAGGAAGCCAAGGUGGCCAAGGCCCUCGGUCCCCUGCCCUGAUAGGGCUUACCUGUGGGUGGGGGAGGGAGACCACACAUGUCAGAGGUAGUGAAGGCCGCUCCAAAUAGUGACUGGGGCCAGGCAGGCGGAAAAGAGAACAGAAGAGAAUCCAGAAGUGCUCAGACAGGACUAGGGACAGCAGAGGGGCCUCCAUGGUGGCAUGUGUCAGAGCAUGGAGCAGGCAGAGGAAGCCUAUCUGUGAGGCUGGGUACAUUUCUCUGAGACUCAGGGGAUGUAGGUGUUGAGGUUGCUGCAAAGAGGGCGCAGGCCCUGCAGUGACGGUUCAGAUAUUGAUAACCCAUCCCCCUUGGCAGGUGGGGGCUUAGGCAUCCAUAUUGGAUUCAGAAAAGAAAAAGAAUGAUGCUUCUUGCAACAAAAACAAAAGUGAUUAUGUCACGAGAGGAGAGGCUGGAGGGCCAUGGGAGUUCCCAGCUGGCUCACUCAUCCGUCCAGGAGGUGGGUCUCAUGGUUUCAUUUUGCUCUGGGCUUACUUAGAGUUUUGGCAAAUGCAGACUUAUGUAACGAACCCAACAAUGAAGAUACAGUUCUGUCACCACCCCCCCAGCAUUCUCCUGUGGCCCUCUAGUCCACUCCCGCCCCACCCCAGCCCCUGGCAACCACUGAUCUGCUUUCACAAUAACCGUAUGGGGUUUUUUCUCUUUCCUUUUUUGUGAGCGGUGUUUAAUUCCUUUGCUCUAAUAUGUAAUAUUAGAACAUAUUACAAAGUAGCAAGAAAAAUACGACAUUGGUGUAAAAAUAAUCUACACCUCAUGGAAAUAAUGAAGAGCCAGAAAUAGAUUCUAUUCUGUAGAAAAUCUUACACAAUAAAGGACUUCAAAAUAAGGGUAAGGAAGGAUGCUUUAACAAGCGGUGCUGGGAUAACUGGAUAAAAAUUUGGGAAAAAAGUCAUACUAUGUGCCACCCCUGCAUUUAUUUUAUUAUUUUAUUUUAUUUAUUUUUUUGAGAUGGAGUCUCACUGUGCUGCCCAGGAGUGCAGUGGCGUGACCUCAGCUCACUGCAACCUCCGCCUCCCGGGUUCAAGCAGUUCUCCUGCCUCAGCCUCCUGAGUAGCUGAGACUACAGGCGCCUGCCACGACGCCUGGCUAAUUUUUUGUAUUUUUAGUACAGACGGGAUUUCACCAUGUUAGCCAGGAUGGUCUCGAUCUCCUAACCUCGUGAUCCACCCGCCUCAGCCUCCCAAAGUGCUCGGAUUAUGGGCGUGGGCCACCGCGCUUGGCCCACCCCUGCAUUUAUUGAGUUAAAUUUUAAAAAACCUAUCCUAGGAAAUUGGCGGUGGGGCUCAGAAAAUGAUACCCCAAAGUAUGGAGCUGUGGGAGGCUGAAUGCUUUGAACUAAAGUAUCUGACCAUCGCUUACUCCUUUUCCCUCCCAAAACCCUCCUGAAGCGCAGGGAGGGGCCUUCUCUGAUGUUCUCUUUUGUUUCUAAGGGAAGUUCCUGCAGAAGGAAUGCCAUUGUCUUGAGCCCUUUCCCUAGCAUCUCAUAAAACAUGGACAAUUAACUCACAGGGAAGGAUACUGAAGGUGAUACCAUCUCUUCUGAGGACUGGGCUACUUGAGAGGUUUUAUCUGCAUGACAAGACAGCCUUUGUUUGCCAUGCAUUUCCUCCCCUCAACCUCCUAGCGUCUGCUGCCACCUCCUCCCAGAAACCUCAGGCCCCAGUUUUUGGAGCUCAAAUGCUAUUUAGACUUCAUCAAUCUGGCCCUUACUAGAGUCUCACAUUUUGUGGGACUCCUGUGCAUGUAUGUAAUAAAUUUGCAUGCCUUUUCUCCUAUUAA